GAAGUACAAUACAUUCCACUACGAGAGUGUGAGAUAUACAUUCAAGUGACUGAAAUUUACCCACAUGGCCGUAACACACACUUUUACAGCUUUUGAGCUGACAGGCGUCAUAGAAUCUGAGAAUGGCACAGACUAUGAUUAUUUGAACAACACGGAAUCAUCGGUCUUCAUCUGUGAAGAGGAGGCGCGCCUGCAGACCUUUGGUGCUGCGUUCCAGCCUGUGCUUUACAGCUUGAUCUUUCUGCUGGGCGUGGUAGGGAAUGGCCUGAUGAUAACAGUGCUCCUGAGACGAUGGCGCCUCCUGCGCAUCACUGAGAUCUACCUGCUCCACCUUGCCCUGGCUGACCUAAUGCUCCUUAUAACAUUUCCUUUCAGUGUGGUUGAGAGUGUCACUGGGUGGCUGUUUGGAGAGUUCCUCUGCAAGCUGGUGGGCCUGAUGAAAAAUCUUAACCUCCUCUGUGGUACUUUCCUUCUAGCUUGCAUUGGGUUUGAUCGGUAUCUGGCUAUUGUUCAUGCUAUUCCUAGUAUGCGAAGUCGAUGCCCGAGAACAGUGCAUCUAACAUGCAUUUUACUAUGGAUGGUCUGUUUGGGCUUAUCAGUACCCCAUGUUGUGUUUCUUAGUGUGACAGGGGAACCCACAAACACAUCUAGGCUCUCCUGUUACUAUUAUCAUUUUGCUAUUCAUGCACACAAUUGGGUUUUGACCAGCAGAGUCUUGGAUCAUGUUUUCUUUUUCCUACCUCUGGGUAUCAUGAGCUACUGCUACGCAGCGGUGGUAGUUACUCUGUGCAAGAGUCAGAAAAGCCAAGCAAAGCAAGGAGCCAUUCGACUGUCUUUACUUGUCACUCUCAUCUUUUGCUUCUGUUGGCUCCCAUAUAAUAUCAUCUUACUGAUGAAAACUAUGGUAGAAUUUAAGUUUAUCUCGUAUAAAAGAUGUGAAUCUUAUGGCCUACUGCAUGUAGUCCUUGAUGUGGCAAAGAGCCUGGGUUUGUCACACUGUUUCCUGAACCCUUUACUGUAUGCCUUUGUUGGGGUGCAGUUUCGCAAUGAGUUAAUUCAGUUACUUUCUUUACUGGGCUGCAGCCGAGUUUGUCUGCCUUUCAUCAGAGCUCGGGGUCACAGUCGUCCAUCCGUUUCUGAUGGAACAACAACCAUCAGCUCAAUCCUCGUCUAAUAAACUCUUAUACAAUGUAAGUUGUAAUUAAAAUCCUUCAACUUAAAAUGCUUGAACUGUUCUGUUCUGUACUAUAGUAUUACUCUUGUGAUGAUAAAAAUGUUACAAUUUUAUGAGAUGUUCUGACAAUAUAAUACCCAUUGAUACUUUGAUUGCAUUUUAAAGAUGUUUUAUUUACCCAGUCAAGAAAAAAAAUGUUAU